AUGGCGGGUGCUACGGGUGAACAUAUUUCAAAUGGAAAAUAUGCAAAACAGAGUAGUACCUCUUCGAUCUAUGAUGAUAGUCGGGCUUUAAAUAAAUCAUAUGUGUCAUCUGGAUCAUUAACAAAAUUUGCCAGCCCGUCCUGGUGGGAGGUCGACCUGAGGGGCUACUUCACCAUCAGCAGCAUCACCCUCACAGCAGCCACCUACGGGAGAUGGAAUGUUUACAUGAGAAAUGCCUUCGUGGAGGUGAUGGACAAAGAUGUCAGUCUCUGCUCUGAUGUCCAGUCGGAGUGGUGUGGGAAUGUGUCCAGCACUGUCACUGCUGGGGAAGAGUUCACCUUUACCUGCAAUGCUACAUUCCCUGUCCGCUUUGUCCGUGUCACAAGGCCAUCUACCACCAAUGUACACCUCGUUAUCGGACAUGUGGAUGUUCAAGGGGAGGGGGCUAAGAAGCCAUAUCGUUCCUACUACAAACCGUUGAAGAACAAGAAGAUGUCUCAGCCGUUCCUAACCACGUCAGCCAUGACAGCCGGAGACUGUGGCAUCAUUUGUCACCGAUAUAAUUCAUGCAUCGACUUCAGCUACAGUGCAGUGUCGCCGACCAAUGAGAACUGCCUGCUUUCUGACAAAGUGUUGUCUUCAUCUGAAGAUAACUUUUGGACAACUUACACUAGCUUCUGCAUGUAAACAUUCAACUAAAAUAUAGCAAGCUUCUCUCACACUUUAUGACAACUAUGUUUAAAAUAUAAAUAUACUCUCGUUGACCCUAAAACAAGCUUCACUUUAAGAUUAUCAUUUUGUAAGUUGUCUAGUAUUUCUCCAAAAAUUGAUAUGGUUUCAACCAAAUAUCAUGUUUGCCAUGGUGUCAUA